AUGGUCAACAUUAUCAGCCUUCCGCCCGAUAUUAUCCUCGACAUGCCUGCUAAAUCCGCUUCCGCUGCUGCCCAAUGCCCCUUGGCUGGAUCGAGCGGUGACGAGGACAUCAGCAGUAAUAGCAACGGCCUCGACCAACCCUUGAGCCAGAUGCCCGCUCGUAACAUCCUACAAGUCGAACAGAAUGCCACGAUGAGUUCGCCUGUGGGCGAGACUUGUUUGCAAAAACUGAAUGAGAUCGCAGAACUGAAAGAUGGGAUCGCGGAGCGGACCCCCCGUCAUGAACAACACCCCGGCCCCACGCGACUGAAGCAUCAAGGACAAUCCGCGAACGACUCCACGCAGUUUAUCUUCUACAAACCUCGCAGAUGGGCUGAUAUGAGCGUCUUCCAUGUCUGUCGGGCAUUCUGUACGGUAGCAAUCCAGUACUACGGCGAUUUUGGAUGCACCACCAUUCCAUUUAACCCACGACUCGAUCGAAUCGUCGUACACGCCGAGCAACUCGUCUGCGAGGGUUCCAAAUCGCCCAUGUUUGGUUACGGCGUCUCAUGCUACCCAAGUUUACGAACACAUAAGGAGGCGCUUGCCUGGAAGGGCUCCGUGUUGAAAAUCCAUUCGCGCCGGACUCAAAACGCAACCUCGUCGCCGAAGCCCUUCUCCCUAGUGCAAGUUGCACGUCUGGAAGAAGAAGAGGGCUGGCUCAAGAGCGUGCUUGACAUGGAAAAGAGGGACCACAAUCGCAAGGGGGUCUGGGCGUCCCCGCCGGAAACGGUCGAGGACGGCAUCAAUAGCUUCGUCUAUCGUGCUCGCAGGCCGUUUUCAUCACAGAGACUGUUCGAGCUUAUCCAUGACAAGUUCGUCAUUCGUCAACCGGAUGAAGAAAAGGAUGACUACCACGGCGGUAGCUCCAACUGCGUGCGGGUCGGCGAGCUCAAAUCGGAAAUCAGUAAGCUCGAAUCGCAUACCAGCAAGAUCGAAUCGUACAACGUCGAGCUUCAAAUGCAGAUCGAGGACCUCGAAGCAGGUGAUACCGGUAUCCGGGAGGUGGAGUCUUCUACGCACGACGGGACAGACUAUGAGUACUGUACCGUCUCCAAUAUCGACGCCUCGCCCGAUAUCGACGUCGCCGCCGCGAAUGAGCUCGUCGCCUCGCCCAGCGAGAUGAGGCACUCGCCAGAGUCGACGAGGCAGUCGCGGGCGGAACCCACGACAUGGAACAAGGCCAGCAAGCGACGCUGCUACCACCAAGCGGCAAGGUUCUCGGCCAAAGGCCAAGACAUCCAGGACCUCGUAGGCAAGGAGGUCAGAGGCAUUGACGGCGAGGGCAACCUACUCGGUGAGGACGACACUGUGAUUGGCAAGGUCGACAUCGCACCGGAAGGCUCGAUCGCACAGCGAAUCAAGGAUGAGGUUCCCGAAGCCGCAGACCGCCUGAAUGCGCUGGACGAAGUUAAGCAAGCUGCGCCCAUUCAGAUUCCAUCUUUCGCCCCGACUGUGCUGCCCCUUUACAUCCAGGCACGCACCAAUCCAUGCACACGGCCAUACCACCCGGAGUUCAUGGUGCACGAGUCGACCUUGGCUCAACUGUACAAAUACGAGUUCUUGAGAACUUACAUGAUCUGGCGCGCCGCCGUCCACGCCCAGGACCGGGUCGUACACAUGCGAUCGCCGCCAAAAACAUCCAUGUACAUCGCCCGCGCGCCCUGCCCCCCGAUCUUCCUCGUCUGCAAAGAAUCAAAACGCGAGACCGAGAAGUCCUACCAGCCUCUUUCACCCUCGCGCCCCCAACCUGCCCACCUGCCCACCUGCUACCAGUCAACUCCAACCCGCUCGAUUCAUUUGGCAAGGUAUCGGAGGAAGGGCAGCCAGCGUCCCGGUCCGCGCACCGACCAAGAGACCGACGACGAAGAGAUGACCGACAAAGAGACGACCGACGAAAUGAUAAUCGACGAGACGCUUCUGCCGGACGGUUUCACCGAGCUCCAACUCUUCGUUCCGGUCGUUUCUUCCCGAAACUUUCAGCUGUGGCAUCGGACGGGAGGACUACGCAAGCGCCGGCAAACGCGACGGCAUAUGGCGGCCCCCCAAACGACCAACAACUAUGGAGGCAAAUUCCGACGAGCUCAGGGCGCUUGCUAUGCAGUAUCCGGCAGUAACAACAUCUAUUCCAUGCUUGGCUACCAAAUCUGGUCGCGGGACAUCGAAGCUUCCGAGAGCGGAAAUUGCACGAGACAGGCCAUCGAUAUUUGCCUCGUGUUGCUUAAGGAAGCACAAGACGAGAUUAUCGCGGUCAGGGACACUAUAUUCGAAAGCAGCCGAAAGACUUACAAAUGCAUCGACGCUCGUAAGAUGCUCGAGCGGAUGAGGGACCACGUCAUAGAGUUCAGCAAAACGACCCAAGGAAACCGCAUGCGCGCAGCCUUCGAGAGCACCGGGCUCCAAUUCUGGUCCGUCGAAUGCGAGGAUAUCAGGCUCUCGUGUCCAGUACGGCUAGCCAACAUCCAAACCUCCAAGCGCCGGAUUUCGAUGAGGUAA